UUGUUGUGCGCUUCGCUGUCCGCUUCUCCUGACGCACCAAUUCAGCGCGUUUUCCAGCAGAGAUCGUUGUGAGAUCUCAGGACGGGAGGAUGACAGCUCGAGUGUAUUUCUCGUUGAUUGCUGUUUUAUUGUGUCUGUUCGGAUACUUGAACCUAACUCACGCUAUUCAAAGACGAACCACAGUGAAGCCGGGUCAAUGUCCAAUACCGGAGAUGAUUCCACUGUGUGCUAAAAGCUGUUUCCAUGAUGGCCAGUGUCCGACCCGACAGAAGUGUUGCCCAACCACUGGUGGCUUUGCAUGCAGUGAACCAUGUGGCCAGGGAAGAGGCCAGGGUAGUGGACAGGGUCAGGGACAGGGCCAAGGUCAGGGACAGGGAAGCGGUCAGGGACAAGGACAGGGACAGGGAAGCGGUCGGGGACCGGGCCAAGGUCAGGGACAGGGAAGCGGCCAGGGACAGGGCCAGGGACAAGGCCAGGGUAGUGGUCAGGGACAAGGCCAGGGACAGGGUAGUGGCCAGGGACAAGGUCGGGGACAGGGUAGUGGCCAGGGACAAGGACAGGGUAGUGGUCAGGGACAAGGACAGGGAAGGGGACAGGGACAGGGCCAAGGUAGUGGACAGGGUCAGGGACAGGGCCAAGGUAGAGGACAGGGUCAAGGACAGGGCCAGGGUAGUGGCCAGGGACAGGGUCAGGGACAAGGACAGGGUCAGGGACAGGGAAGCGGUCGGGGACAGGGCCAAGGUCAGGGACAGGGAAGCGGCCAGGGUCAGGGACAAGGCCAGGGAAGUGGCCAGGGACAGGGCCAGGGUACUGGUCAGGGACAGGGUAGUGGCCAGGGACAAGGUCAGGGACAGGGUAGUGGUCAGGGACAAGGCCAGGGUAGUGGUCAGGGACAAGGUCAGGGCCAGGGUAGUGGUCAGGGCCAGGGAAGUGGCCAGGGACAAGGACAAGGCCAGGGGAGCGGUUAUGGUCAGGGGAGCGGUUAUGGUCAGGGAAGCGGUCAGGGGAGCGGUUAUGGUCAGGGAAGUGGUCAGGGGAGCGGCCAUGGUCAGGGGAGCGGGUAUGGUCAGGGAAGCGGUUAUGGUCAGGGAAGCGGUCAGGGGAGCGGUUAUGGUCAGGGAAGCGGUCAGGGGAGCGGUUAUGGUCAGGGCCAGGGAAGUGGUCAAGGGAAUGGUCAGGCAUGUGGCCAAGGAAAUGGUCAACGCCGUGGUCGUUGAAUUGUUAAUAGGUAUUCUGCCUAAUACUUAUUGGAGAUCUUUUCAAUUCUAUGCUCUAUUCAUAUGGCAUGUUUUCCCUGUUCACUCGAACAGUUUAGAAAUGUGUCUGCCCCCCCCCACCUCAAAUA